UUACAUGUUCUUUGGGUGUUUUGGAUGUUCUCUCUCUUCAUUUGGUGUCUCCUUUUGUUUCUCUCUCUUUCUCGUAUCUGCCUCCCUCAUUCCCUUGUUUGCUUCCAUACCCUAAUCUCUCUCUUUUCUCAUCUCCCAUCUUCAGUCUAUUCAUCAAUCUAUUACUUGUGAGAUUGUCACACUUGGGUUUGAUUCUUUGAUCCACAAGGAAGAUUGGAAACACAAUUUGGACUCCAGUGGCUAAGACUGAUGGUUCAAAUGUCUAUUCUACCAACUUAUUAUUGUACAUGACGUAGCUGCCGUUGCUAUUGAUCGCAAUGUAAGACCUGUAACUAGAGAAGAUGAAGGAUAAUAGUUCAUCAGGUCAGAAAAUGAUUAACCGGAAUUGGGUCUUGAAGCGCAAACGAAGAAAGGUUCCAUGUGGAACAAGCUUAUCCAGUGAUAAAAAAGAUAACUUGGUAGCCUCAGAAUCUCCAAGGAAUGCUUCUGCUAGACGCAGGCUGAAAGGUGAAACAAGCUCCAAUCAAUUGUUGUCAAAGAGGAAAGGAAAUGAUGGGUAUUACUAUGAAUGUGUGGUUUGUGAUCUUGGUGGCAAUUUGUUGUGUUGUGAUAGCUGUCCACGUACCUAUCAUCUGGAAUGCCUUGAACCACCACUUAAGCGCAUUCCUACUGGGAAGUGGCAAUGCCCACAGUGUUGUCUGAAGACUGAUCCAAUAGGGUCCAUUAGCCGUUUGGAAUCCAUUUCAAAGCGAGCAAGGUCAAAAAUAAUUAACUCAAAAUCACAAUCUGGAACAAGGUUACCUGCAAGUGAGAGGGUAUCCCGGAUUUUUGGGAGGUCCAUUCUUUCAGAGAAACAAUCUUCAAAACAAGAAAAAUCUGAUUCAGCUAGGGGAGUUGAACCUUCAGGAAAAGAAGAUUCCUCCCCACUAGAUGUACCUUCUACCAGCAAGCCGAGUAUUACAUCUCCUGAUUCUGAUUGUGCUGGAGAUGGUAAUGCAUUGUCUAUGAAUGUUGACAUUGAAGAAAAACAGGGCAUUCCUGAUUCAUUAGCAGAAAGAAAGUUGACUCCUGAUGGAGUUCCAUCUCAUUUCCAAAGAGCAGAUACAGAUCAAAAUGGUGAUUCCCUGCAAGGGAAAACUGAAUUGUCUUGUAAUGACAAGUGUCCAAGAAAUGAAAUUGUUCUUGCCAUUGGCACAGCAGUGGAGGAUAAGAAAAAAAGAAAGCAGGAUGUCAGUAAAGAGAUCAGUCAAAAGAAGCGUAGGACAGAUAAGGGGAAACAAUCAGCUAGUGCUUCCAGUAAUGGAUUCAAAACCAAUAGCAUUAGACCGGUAAUGAGUAAAAUGAAGAAGAAACAAAAAACCACUAAAAAUGGUGUUUCUGCACCCUUGCUAAAGGAGGAAGCUGGAAGCAAGAGUUCUGAUGCCCAGAGAAAAGAUGAGAAGCAUUCUGAAAAGGCGAAUCACCCAUCAGCUAAGUUGGAUAAAGAUGCUGAUGAUACAUCACUGGUUCAUGAAGAUAAUGUUACUGCUGAAGUUCAGCAGGUUGACCGGGUUCUAGGAUGUCGAGUUGAAGGUGAUAGUGCAAGCUCUUCACAUCCUGUUCUGGUGGCAGUUCCAGAUGGCCUGCAUUCUGAUGAUUUGCUAAUGCCAAAAAAUCGAAAUAGAGUUUCAAAGGAAAAUUCUGCUUGUGGAAAUGAUGUGGAUGUAGGAGUUGCUGAAAAUUUUUCAGAGGGUUGUCCUGAUAUAGUAAAAAGUUCUGAUAAGGAAGAAAGCAUGAAGGAUGACAACAAAGUAGAUAAAUUACAUGUAUACAGAAGAUAUUUGACCAAAGAUGGCAAAGAUGGUAAUUCCAUGGCUGUAUUGGGGAAAGACAAUGAAGAUAUGGAUACUGCUCACCUAAAUGGAAAAGAUCAGGAUGAAUCUGCAACAGCUAAUGGGGAAUUGGGAAAAGGAAAUCAAAAGGUGGCUGAGGAGAAGGAUGCAGAUGUUAGUUUGAGAAGUCAUUGUACCAAUAAAGCCCCAAAAGACUCUGAAAUAAUUGUUUCUCAUGAAUCAGCAAAAACAAGAGAGGCACAUGAAGAAAUGAAAAUGAGUAGCAGUAGUGAAGAUAAAGUCCAGGAAGCAGCUGUAGCUGAAUCUGCAUCUUCUGAAAAGCAAGCAGUGUCGUAUGAAUUUUUAGUAAAAUGGAUGGGAAAGUCGCAUAUCCAUAACAGUUGGAUUUCUGAAUCUGAACUAAAAGUUCUGGCAAAGAGAAAACUAGAGAAUUACAAGGCAAAAUAUGGAACAGCUGUGAUAAAUAUCUGUGAGGAAAAGUGGAAGCAGCCUCAGCGAGUCAUUUCUCUCCAUGUUUCAAAAGAUGGCAUGCGUGAAGCAUUUGUGAAGUGGACUGGUCUUCCUUAUGAUGAAUGCACUUGGGAAAGGGUAGAUGAACCUGUUCUUCAAAAGUCUUCUCAUCUUAUUGAUCUAUUUGAUCAGUUUGAACAUCAAACAAUUGAAAAAGAUGCUGCUAAGGAUGAAUCUAGGGGGAGGACUGGUUACCAACAAAGUGAUAUUGUCACUUUGACAGAGCAACCUAAGGAGCUAAAGGGAGGCUCUUUGUUUCCCCAUCAGCUUGAAGCAUUAAACUGGCUGCGUAAAUGCUGGCAUAAAUCCAAAAAUGUGAUACUUGCUGAUGAAAUGGGCCUUGGAAAAACUGUGUCUGCUGCUGCCUUCCUUUCAUCUCUAUAUUUUGAAUUUAAAGCUACUUUGCCCUGUCUUGUUCUGGUUCCACUUUCCACCAUGCCCAACUGGCUUGCUGAGUUUUCAUCAUGGGCUCCAGAUUUAAAUGUUGUGGAGUAUCAUGGAUGUGCAAAAGCAAGAGCUAUUAUUCGGCAGUAUGAAUGGCAUGCUAGUGAUCCAAACGAGUUGAAUAAGAGAACAGCUUCCUAUAAGUUUAAUGUUCUUUUAACUACUUAUGAGAUGGUUCUUGCUGAUUCCUCUCAUUUGCGUGGAGUUCCUUGGGAAGUUCUUGUGGUUGAUGAGGGUCACCGUUUGAAGAAUUCAGAGAGCAAGCUGUUCAGCUUGUUAAAUACAUUUUCUUUCCAACACCGUGUUCUGUUGACUGGUACCCCACUUCAGAAUAAUAUCGGGGAAAUGUAUAAUUUACUUAAUUUCUUACAGCCAGCUUCAUUCCCUUCUCUGUCUUCAUUUGAGGAAAAGUUUAAUGAUCUUACAACUGCAGAAAAGGUGGAGGAACUGAAAAAACUUGUUGCUCCUCAUAUGCUUCGAAGGCUAAAAAGGGAUGCCAUGCAGGAUAUUCCACCCAAGACAGAGCGAAUGGUUCCAGUUGAAUUGUCAUCCAUCCAAGCGGAAUACUAUCGUGCGAUGCUAACUAAGAAUUACCAGAUAUUGAGGAAUAUUGGGAAAGGGGUUGCUCAGCAAUCAAUGCUGAACAUUGUGAUGCAGUUAAGAAAGGUUUGCAAUCAUCCUUACCUCAUACCUGGUACAGAGCCUGAAUCUGGAUCAGUGGAGUUUCUUCAUGAAAUGCGGAUAAAGGCUUCAGCCAAGUUAACUCUAUUGCAUUCCAUGCUUAAGGUGUUAUGCAAGGAAGGUCAUAGAGUUCUAAUUUUUUCACAAAUGACCAAGCUUCUUGAUAUUCUUGAGGAUUAUUUGACAAUAGAAUUUGGUCCUAAAACAUAUGACAGAGUGGAUGGCUCUGUUUCAGUGGCUGAUCGGCAGGCAGCAAUAGCACGAUUUAACCAAGAUAAAAGUCGAUUUGUCUUCUUGUUAUCAACACGUUCAUGUGGCCUUGGGAUCAAUUUGGCAACAGCUGACACUGUUAUCAUCUAUGAUUCUGAUUUCAACCCACAUGCUGACAUCCAAGCUAUGAAUCGGGCACAUCGAAUUGGGCAAUCAAACAGACUUUUGGUUUAUAGGCUAGUAGUUCGUGCCAGUGUUGAAGAGCGCAUAUUACAGCUUGCAAAAAAGAAACUGAUGCUUGAUCAGCUUUUUGUCAAUAAGUCUGGAUCUCAAAAAGAAGUGGAAGACAUUCUGAGAUGGGGAACAGAAGAACUCUUCAAUGAUUCGUCUUGCAUGAAUGGAAAAGACAAUGGUGAAAAUAAUAGCAGCAAAGUGGAAAUGGUGAUGGAUAUAGAACAUAAGCACCGGAAGAGGGGUGGUGGCAGCCUGGGAGAUGUGUACAAGGACAAAUGUACAGAUGGCAGCACCAAGAUUGUGUGGGAUGAAAAUGCAAUUCUGAAAUUGCUUGAUCGUUCAAAUAUUCAGUCUGGAUCAUCUGACGUUUUGGAAGGGGAUUUGGAGAAUGAUAUGCUUGGCUCAGUAAAGGCCACGGAAUGGAGUGAUGAAACUACAGAAGAACAAGGGGGAGGUGAGUCACCUCCUGUGGUCACUGAUGAUUGUUUGGCACCAAGUACAGAAAAGGAGGACAAUAUGAUAAACAGCACUGAAGAAAAUGAGUGGGACAGACUGUUGCGUGUAAGGUGGGAAAAAUUCCAAAGUGAGGAAGAAGCAGCUCUUGGUCGAGGGAAGCGCCAGAGGAAAGCUGUUUCUUAUAGGGAAGCAUACACUACACACCCCAAUGAAACAAUGAAUGAGAGUGGUGGUGAAGAAGAACGGGAGCCUGAACCAGAACCAGUAAGAGAGUAUACUCCAGCUGGACGAGCUCUAAAAGCAAAAUAUGCUAAACUCCGUGCCAGACAAAAAGAAAGACUGGCAAAGAGAAGUGGAAUUGGAGAAUCUCAUCCAAGUGAGGUACUUCCUGGACCUAGCUCAGUUCCUCAAUGUCCUGCCAUUGACAAAGAUGGUGAGCGAAUCACCCAAUCAAAUCAACCAGACAAUGAGAAGUCUUCAGAAAUUGACUUGGAGGAUGAUAGAGUAUCCCAACCAUUGGAUGCACCAAAGAGCAGGACUGACCCAGUCUUAAGGCUUGGGAAGAUAUCAAAGAAUAGAGUGAGCAGUCAAUUGGAUCUCUCUGCUAAUCAUGUUGGGCAAUCUUUCCCUGAUAAAAUCCUUCCAAGUUACCAUCUUUGGGGCACAAGCUAUCCAAGCUUUCCAGCCAACAAUCUGUUGCCAGUUCUAGGACUUUGUGCCCCUAAUGCCAAUCAAUUAGACUCAUCCCAUAGAAACUUUUCGAGAUCAAACAUCAGGCAAAGCAGGGCAGGAACUGGACCAGAGUUUCCCUUCAGUCUAGCUUUUUCCUCUGGAGCUUCAAUUGAGAGAGAGGCAAAAUGUCAAGAGAACAUGGAAAAGUUUAAAUUACCAGAUACAUCUCCAGAAAUUUUGCACAAGCAUCUUAAAAGUAGCAAUCUAGAUAGUUGGCUCCCAUUAAAGCCGUAUGCUUCAGCUCUUCCACAAGGAAAAGGUUCUGAUUAUUUAGGAAGUUCCAGUGCUACUCUUGCUGAAUUUAAGGAAAAGAUGUCACUGCCUAACUUACCUUUUGAUGAGAGACUGCUUCCUAGAUUCCCACUUCCUCCACAAAAUGUUUCAACUUCACUUCAUGACCUCUUACCAAGCUUAUCGUUGGGGAGCAGGCUUGAUGCUGUAAAUGAUUCCAUGGAAGACCUUCUGGCAAUGCCGUUACUGCCCAACUUGAAAUUCCCUCUGCAAGAUCCACCCAGGUAUAAUCAGCUAGAGAGGGAAGUGCCUCCAACAUUGGGUUUGGGACCAAUGCCAUCAAGCCUCGGUUCUUUUCCAGAAAAUCAUAGGAGAGUGCUUGAAAAUAUCAUGAUGAGGACUGGUAUUGGGUCAGGCAGCUCACAUAAAAAGCAAUCAAAGAUAGAUGUAUGGUCUGAAGAUGAACUUGAUUUUCUAUGGAUUGGCGUUCGUAGACAUGGACGGGGCAAUUGGGAUGCAAUGCUGAAGGACCCUGUAUUAAAAUUCUCAAAGUACAGGACUUUGGAUGAGUUGGCAGCUAAGUGGGAAGAGGAAGAAGUCAAGAUUUUGGAUGGAUCAGAUUUUCCAGUUUCAAAAUCCACCAAACCAACAAAAUCUACCAAAUUGUCAUCAUUUCCAAUCAUUCCUGAUGGUAUGAUGACACGUGCAUUGCAAGGAAGUAGACUUGCUGCACCACCAAAAUUUCAGCCACACCUGACGGAAAUGAAGUUGGGUUUUGGUGAUCUAGGUUCCAGCCUGCCACAUUUUGAGCCACCGGAGCAGCUUGGUUUGCAGAAUGAGCAUUUUCCACCUAUUCCGCCCUGGCAUUUUGACAAACUUCAUGCAAAAUUUUCUGGAGAUUCUACAGCAGGACCCUCUGAUAUACCUGGGACAUCUUCAAAUUUAGCUUGUGACAAACCGUCUCUGCCUGACACUUAUGGAGCUGGCAACUUGGGUUCUGUAGGUUUGAAUUGCCCAAGUGGCUUUGAUUUAGACAGGAAAGAGGGUGACCAUAGUUUGAAGAAUGGGAAGUUGCCUAGUUUGCUGGAUGGAUCACUACAUCUCUUGUGUGAUUAUCCCAAGAACAUUGGAAGUGGGGAAUCUGUCAAUUCUGGAUUGCUACCUGGGCCAAGUAAAGGGCUGAAUAUUUCUGAUAUGGGGGGAAGAGAAGUAGCUGGUAGUAGUUCUUCAGAGAACAAGCUGCCCCAUUGGCUUCGGGAAGCUGUAAGCAAUUCAGUAAAAACACCUGAUCCUGAUCUUCCGCCCACUGUGUCAGCAAUAGCUCAUUCAGUUCGUGUAGUCUAUGGGGAAGAUACAUCAACCAUUCCCCCAUUUGUGGUGCCUGGUCCCCCUCCUGUCCAACCAAAGGAUCCAAGGUGUAGUUUCAAGAAGAAGAAGCAGCAGAAAAAGUCACAUAAAUUCGGGCAGGUUCCUGACAUAGCUGGAAGCAGCAGCGUUCAUGGUAGCAAUCCUCCAUCAAGCUCAAUUCCAUUGGCCACACAACUUCAGCUGCUGCCACAACCAAUGAGUGGAAGUUUAGGUUUUCCCUGGAGUGAUGCUAAUCACAAAUUACCACCUCUAAAUUUAAAUAUGAUGAACCCCUUGCCUUCACCAGCAAGCCUAAUCCCACCAAAGAAAAGAACCUCAGGGUUGUCCCCAUCUCCUGAAGUGCUUCAACUGGUAGCUUCCUGUGUUGCUCCAGGUGCACAUUUGUCAUCAGCUUCCAGUAUGACAAGUUCAAGCUUGCUUGAUGGCAAGAUUCUAUUGCCCAAAUCAAUUGACCAUGUUGGAUUUCCAGAUCCACAAGGUCAUUCAGACAAAUCACAGGCCAGGGAAACCCAUCCUCUUGACAUACAUGAUGAGCUUCAGGAGGUGAGACAAGAUGAGCCUGAUAGUGGGGAUUCAAGCAAGACUCAGUCCAAUCAUUCUCUGCCUCAACAUCCAGGUACAGAGGAAAUAUCAUCGGAAGGCACUGUAUCAGAUAAUCCCGUGAGUGACCAUGAACCGUAGCUGUUACAAAGGAGUAGAAAGCGCAAAAUAGGUAAACUCUUUCAUGCCCAUGGAAUUCCGGGCCUCUUAAAGAUGUGCUCGGGUUUUGUAAUGCAGUGAGUGUUUAAGUAGGCAUACACAUUAGACAGGAUCGUUUUAGGACUUGGUGUCUAGUGUAAAGUUUUCUGUUAGUGAAAAUCCACAGAUAUAGUGUUGUUAGCUUGCUGAUGCUUUUGUUGCCUCCAAUGUAUUGAGAACUCAUGUCACCUGCUUAGCAAGCCUUUAAAGGUCUAUUUUUCAUAAUAAUGUAACAGAAAAGUAUUAUGCAAUCUAGAUUACAACCCUUGAAUGGAGGCAGACCCCUUGAUAUUGGGGGCAUUCUUUCCCCAUUUACUAGUUCAUGUUUUGUAGUCUCGUGUAGUAAAACUAUAAAACAGGAAACUCUUAAAUGUAAUCUCCACAUCCAGAGGCGCAGACCCUAUAACCAAAUAUUUUGUAGAUGAUGGAAUUUAGUCAAAAGGAUCAAUAUGCCAAAGUUGUUUCCUUGUUGCUAUUGUACUAUAUACUGGUAAAGUGGCAAGGAGCAACUUGAACCGUGCUGGAAGCGCAGGUUUAAAUCAUUUUUUCUUAACUUUGCGUGCUCGGUGGCGCAGGUUUAAAUCUCCUUUUCUUAACUCUGGGUACUCGGUACUUGUGGAUGAGAUCACUUGUAGGGCCGAAGGUCCGAGUGAGUACCGAAAAAUUACACAUACAUGCCUGAAUAUUUGUAUGUAUAUUUUCUGAACAAACAAGGCAAGGCCACAUGGUAUGUGGAUAUGCUCACCGUCUCUCUCGGAGUUUGGUCUCCCAUCAUCAUAAACUAACUUGAUCAUG